AUGGACACCAUUCGCGCCGGACUCCAAGAGUCCGUCAGUGGACUCACAGUCAAGAGCAAGCCUCUCGAUGCUCCUAUGACUGUGAAAGUCACACCGAUCUCGGACGGCGAGCACAGCGAUUCGGAGAGAACUGCCUCCCUCGCCGACGAGACAUUUUCCGCGACCUCAACCGUCGCCCAGAGUCAACUGUCUACCGUCACCGUACAGUUGACUCGCGUUCUCGAGACCAGCAAAGAGAUCCGGAGACGCAUUUACAAGUUUGGUGACUACACUGAGACUUACUUCAAGCAUGUCGAUAUCGAGUCCUAUCUCGAGUACAUCUCCGAUGAGCGUCUCAUCCACAUGCCCCGUCGGGGUAGUGAUUGGGACCGCGUUCUCAAAUCCGCUCAGUUCUUUGGGCUUCAACUCUGGGGCCUCGGAGCCAAUGUCGGAGACUUCUGCUUUGGAGCUCAUCAGGCUUCCAUCACCGCUUUGGGAAGCACUCAGAUUCUUCUCGAGAUCGGACAUCAGCAGGCUCAGGCCCUUGUGCCAACCUUUGAGGCACUUUACGAGCUCGCCAUCCUGAUCACCAAUGUCAGCCAGAUUCAAGAUAUCUUCUAUGCCUCUCAGGAGGUUAAGGAGAGCCUUGCUCAUCUGUACUGUGAUCUCGUUGACCUGGUUGGACGGAUCUCGAUCCUUUACAGAGAAAAGAUCAGCAGCCUUGGACAGAACACUCACAAGUCUGUCGUUAUCAACUUUGAGACGGAAUUUGGCCAGCACGUGUCUGGCAUCUGGAGGAGGAGAGAUUCCAUCAUUGCCAAGAUGUGGUCGCUGAAGUUGGGCAACAGGACUCACAGUCUUGGCGUCGAUGCUGUUCGCAGGCGGCUUCAGAACGAUCGGUCUGCCACAGGGGCCUUUUACGACCAAGUGUCUGAGAAUGUCAAGCGGGCCGAAGACACAUGUGAAUGGGUCAAAACACCUCUUGUCAACUUUCUCAGGGGCAAGGAGAAGGCUUUGACUAUUACUGGUGAGGCUGGAUCGGGCAAGACAGUUCUUGCCGGUUGGAUGAAGGAGCGUCUUCAAAGACCCUUGGAUCACACACAGUACACUACGCUUACCUACAGCUUCCCCUAUGACUACCCUUCCAGGUGCACAGUUCUUGCUUUCCUCAAGAGCAUCCUCUUCCAGCUUCUUGAGAAGAACGUGGGCAAUGUCGGGCUGUACGAGCAGCUGAUGAGCGCUUUUGAGUCGUAUGAUCAGCACCGCAGCUCUUCCAAGCUCGAGACUUCUCUCUGGGCCGCCCUGGAAUCGGGUCUGCGGUCACUUGACGAUCGUCGCACCAACGUGGCCGUCGUUGUCGACGGUUUCCAGGAUGUCACUGGCAGUAUCAGCCCGCUUGAGUUCCAUGGCAAACUCAGGACUUGCGUUGCCAAGUACAGGAACGUCCGCAUCAUUACUUUGUCGCGUGCCAUCUCACAUCUGAGCGAGGGAUGCGCUCAUUUCACCAUCACCUCUCAGCACCUCCAUGGUGACAUCAAGCGCUACCUCCGCCAGUCUUUCUCCAAGUUUCCCGGCUUCACUCAGCUGAGUCCCGAGGUUCAGGAGAGAACAGUCCACGACUUGACACAGAAGGCCAAGGCUUCGUUCUUGUGGGCUUACAUUGCCGUGCGGCUGCUUGCCAAGGAUGCGCCAACACAGUCUCCUGACGCCUUUGUCAAGGCCGCCCAAGGCAUCAACGGCACGUUGGACGAGCUCGUCAAGAAGCUUGUGUCGAAGACCUCCCUCAAGCAUGAGACCACACAGACAUUGUUGUCGUUUGUUCUUGCUGCCGACAGACCCCUCGGCGUGAAUGAGUUGGGCGAGCUCUUGCGCAUUGAGACCAAGACCUGUCAGCUUGGAGGCCCCAUCGAUGUCGUGGCACGCAUCAGGUCAACCUGCGGAGACAUUGUCGUUAUCCAAAACGGCAGUGUUCACUUCAAGAGCAAGUCCAUCCGCUCCUACAUGCAGACCCUGUUGGAUGGCAAGGUGCUGCCCUCAGUUCGAGAUGCUCAUCGGAACCUGACCUUGGCAUUACUCUUGUACUCGAAGCUCAGCCUUACCGAUGGCUCAGAGCCCUCUUUUGAAGGCCUUGAUGAUGGAUUUGUGGACGGGUACUUUGAGACACACUCCCUGCUUUACUAUGCCGUCAGGCACUGGCAAGCCCACUUCCGGGCAUCCAGCCUCUAUGCUGAUGGGGAGCUGGUUUUGGGCAAGGACUUUGUCGAGUACUUCCCAACUUCUUGCCACUUUGGUCUGCUGGAGAGGUCGGCUUACCUCUAUGGCGAGCCCGUCUCAGUCCACGUCAAGCACCAUGAGUUUUCUUUGAGGGUUCAAGAGGCCUGCUUCGGCGAGCGUCACAUCAGUGUCCUGCAGACCUUCAUCAUCCUCGGCAAUAUCCAUGUUGAGGCUUCUGAUGCAUUGGCCGGUGCCAAAUUCUUCUACAGAGCUGUCUCGCUUGGGAAGGUUAUCCUUUCCACCUCCAGCUCUGUCGUUGUAACAUGCACACACUACUUUCUCAAGUAUACCGAGACCAUCACCAUCACGGAGCGCACAGAGAUUGUCACAUGGCGUGAGGAGAUGAUCAUUCUCAUGAUCCAGAUCUGCAAAGGCAAGCACGGAGCCACCAGCGACACUGUUAUCCGGUGGCUCGAGGUGUUGGCCAAGCUGUACAUUGACAUCAAGGAUACCACACGGACGAGAGUCAUUCAGAAGGAGAUCUGGGAGAUUUACAUUGGCCGUUUUGGAAAGAACCACCCCAAGACGAGAGAGCUGGCCGAAUACAUUGGCGGCUUGGAGAUUGAGUUCAAGGGUCAGGUCAAGGAGAAGGAAAUCAGCUCAUACGUUGGCUGGUAUCUCGAAACCGCCGACGGCUUCCGAGUCGACGAUCACCGGUGUAUCUCGAUCCUCAUUCAGUUGGCCUUCUUCUACGAGUCUCAGGAGGAGUGGUUCUGGGCCGAGAGAACCUACAUCACUCUCUGGAGGCGCAUCACUGAGCUCUGCCGCGUCCACACCACCAUUGAGCUGCACAUCAGCAAGCUCGAGAUUGCCAUCAAGUAUGUCAAGUUCCUCAGGAGAAUUGGUCGGUAUGAGGAGGCCUCAAACAUUCUCAUCUGCUUGUGGGUGGAGUAUGAGCACCACAAGUUUGAGGAGUUGGCCAUCAUUGUCCUUCUCAAGGAGAUUGGGGUGCUCUUCAAGGCGUGUGGUCUUCUUCAGAUUGCCAUCUCGGUGUUUGGAAAGGUCUGGGGGUGGUUCAAGGGCAAGGGCAAGUGUGACCACAAGGAUGCACACGAGACUACCAUCCUCAUCACCGAGGUUGUCGAGGAGAUCACCGAGACCACGACCACCACCAAGACCACAACCACAACUACGACUGAGGUCACUGAGACCAUCAUCCGGGAGGUCUUUGUCGCGCACUACGAGCGAUGCAAAGGAGGUAAGGUGGAUGAGGCGUUCUUCAAGUCUUGCUUGGCGCUCAUUAAUCUCUACAUCAAGAUUGGACACUGGUCCAAGGCAGAGGUCAUCAUCACGCAGUCGCUUGAGAUCACCUGGAAGGCUAUCCUGACCGCAGAGGUCACCAUCAAGCUGUCGGAGCGCUUUGUCACAGAGUGCAUCUUGGUUGCCAGACGCCUUGCUGUCUGCUACCACCGUCAGUACCUCUUUGAGAAGGCUGAAGCCAUCUACUUGCGCAUUUUCCGCGCUUGCUUGAUCUCCCUUCAAAUGGAAGAUGUGAGGACCGAGGAGUCUCUCGCCGUGCUCAUCUGCUUCUACGAGGAGCACCACCGCCAUGAGAAGAUCAUUGAGCUGUUCAUCGAGAUUCUUGCCAAGUACCGCAAGCACCUCGGCCACACUCAUCGUCUCACCAUCAAGAUCAUGUACUCCUUGGCAGCCCACUACAUGCUUCUGGGACGCAAGGAGGGCUAUGACAUCUACAUUGAGAUUGUCGCCAUCCUUAACAAGGGCCGGAAACACUGCCAUCACGAUGCCAUCAAGGCUGCUGUGAUCCUGAUCCACUUCUACAAGGAGAGACAGCGAUGGGCUGAGCUUCAGCAGAUUUGCUGCGUCCUCUGGGAGACGAUUGUCCACUGCCACAAGGAGAUCCGCUUCGAGCAAGAGACACUCAUUCUGGUUUAUGAGGCUUACAUGCACGUGCUGGAGUUUCAUGCCAAAGUCGAGUGGUCCAUCCUCUAUGAGAUCUCGGUCAAGUUUCGUGAGGUUGUCACAGUCUGUUUUGGGACCGAAGCCUACAUCAUCAUCACAGCAAUGAUUGCUUUGGCCAAGGUUUGCGAGAAGAACCACAAGCAUCACCAUGAGGCUGUCACGAUUUACGAGGAGGUCAUCACACGGAUCAAGACCACCAAGACAACCACCGUGACAGAGACGGAGACGACCGUCACCACAGUCAAGAAGCGCCUUUCAAAGGUCUAUGUUACGAUCAUCACUUCUGGCGGUGCCACUACAACCACCACUCUUGACAGGGCCAUUGAGCUGUGUUAUGAGGCGUACCGCCACCUCAAGCUCACGCUCGGCUGCUGGCACCAGGAGACAUUGCUCAAGCUGAAGGAUGUUAUCGUUCUCUACUUGAGGCUUGGUGGUGAGAAGUUGCAUGGGAGGAUCCUGGAGCUGCUCCAAAUCGCCUUCGUUGAGAUCAUCUCCGAGAAAGAGUGCAAGUCUGCUGACUUGUACUAUGCCGCCGUGACCCUCUCCUCCAUCUUUGUCACCGCCAAGAUCAUCCAGCACGGCUUCAAGCUGGUCCGACAGCUCCGCCACCUCGCCAUCUUUGGCGGGUAUGAGUUCGAGGGCAGCGUCGAAAUCGUCGUCAAGUACAACAAGACCAUCAGCAAGACCGCCCUCGUCUUUCUCCUUGCCUUCCAGCACAGCCUCACCGACAACAACGCCUUGACCUUCACCGAGCUGAUGGCCAUGGCACUUUGUGAGAUCACCCUCUACGAGGCCUACAAGCGGGAGACGGAGUCCAAGACCAGCAGGACCACCUUUGUCCUCGAGUACGGCGCCAAGCUCCGCGCUUUCUGGAUCGAGCAGAAGCAAGAACACAUGUGCGCUGUCCUCGACCAGAGGCUCUUCCACAUCUUCAAGACCAAGUUUGGAGGCUUCAUCACCACCCACGACGACUUCACUCGCAUCUAUUACCUCGCCGUGCUCGCCUACCUUCAGCAAGAUCUCAAGAAGAUUGACUUUGACGCCGUUGCUUGCAAAGCCGGUAACGACGAGGUCGCCUCUUUGCUCAAGGCGGGCGAGUGGAAGAAGGCACUCGAAGUGGCUCGGUGCACCUUCUACUUUGCCCACAGGCAGGGCUACUACAGCGACUUGACCCGUGUGCACUACGCCUACAAGCUGGCGGAGUACAUGGCCGGCAUCGACGUCCCUCGGCCCAACGACGCCAAACUCUGGGAGGAAUACCUCCGCCUCUCACGAGAGAUGACCAAGGAAGCGUUCGCCAUCCUCAAGGACAAGAACAUUGAGCUCAUCCGCCUCAAGUACGAGGACAUCAGCGGCAUCGUCAGACUCCUUGGCAGCCAGCAGAAUUUUGUCGAGCUGGAGUCCCUCCUCCUCAAGCUCUGGAAGUCGCGCGAGGUGCAAAAGAACUGGAACGCCGAAAGAGUGCUGGCAGUGGGUAAGAUGUUGGUUCACGCUCACGUUGCCGCGAAACACGUCUCUGCCGCCAUCGACCUCUGCGAGACAAUGUGCUACAACCUCCGUCGGUCCCGUGGCGUUCUCGACCCGGUUACUGUCGAGAUGCAGAGGAUGCUGGCGGAGCUGUACACCACCAACCAGCGUGUAGACCGGUGCAUGACGAUCCACGAGCAAAUCCUCCGCGAAAUCGAGGCUGCCCUUCGCGACUACGAUCAGGACGAGUCCCGCCCCGUCAGGUUAUACUCCCAACCAACCUGCGGCCAACCCUACCUUGAGGGGAAGAAGGCCCAGGUCGGCGGCGCGACAUGUGGACAGCCGUAUGUGGAGAAGAAGCAGCAACCUCAAUUGUGCGGACAGCCUUCUCUCCAACCGGAAACCCUCGCCAAGACGGCCACCUGGCAGCUUGAACUGUUGAAACGGGCUUACUACCGACAGGGCGGGUUCGUCAAGGAUGAGCACGAACAAGAAUUCGCCGCGCUUUGCGAGCUCUUGCAGCAGAGGCUGCUCAAAGCGGCGGGUGACAGCAAGAAGGAUGUCUGUGUGUUGAAGGCGCCAAAGCCGGAGACGUGGGCGAGGGAGAGGAAGGAGGGGAAGCAGGAUGAUUUGAUUGGGGUUUAUGUUGGUCCGAGAGAGAAGGAUUGGAGGUUGGAUGGGGAUUCGUUUGCAAAGUAUUUUGGUGGGGGGGAGCAGGAGGGGGGAAGUGUGGAGAUGAAGGGGGGGAAGAGGUGGAGUGGGGUUGAUCAUGUUAAUGUUGCCAGGCGGUCGUGGUUGUUCUGA